CUGCAGUUCACUGCGUUUCCGUAGCCAGUUUGCUACCCGCUGAGCCCUGGCUGGGGAAACAGCUCGCGGAAACGAUUGAUUCCGAUCGAAUAACACCAAAGCUGGCAAUUAAAUGGCAGAUUAACACUAAUAUCGGAAAAGACUCGCUAAAUCAAUGCUCCUGGAUCGGCUGCUUUUGGAGAGUGCGCUGGCAACACCCUCCGUAACAUAUGAGAUGUAUGCAGAAAUAUAUUAACUGUGCGUUAUUUCUGCUAACUAGCUAGCAGCUACCCCCCUCAAUCCAAUUAAUGGUAGCUCGCUUGAUCCGUUCUUUCAACCGUCGCGUCUGUACCGGAGGAAAAUGAAGAAGUUUAACAUUAGGAAGGUGCUGGACGGCUUGACGGCGGCGUCUUCUUCUUCCUCCGCAACUGCUCAGCCAGGUACUCCCAGGGAAAACGAUGUUGUCCAGGAGACUCUCCAGUCGGAGCAUUUUCAGCUUUGCAAGACUGUGCGUCAUGGCUUCUCAUAUCAACCAUCCUCUAUGGCUUUUGACCCUGUGCAGAAAAUCCUGGCCAUUGGGACUCAGACUGGAGCUUUGAGGCUCUUUGGCCGUGCGGGUGUGGAGUGCUACUGUCAGCAUGAGAGCGGCGCUGCUGUCAUCCAGCUCCAGUUCCUCAUCAACGAGGGGGCGCUGGUGAGUGCCUUAGCUGAUGACAGCAUCCACCUGUGGAACCUGCGGCAAAAAAUCCCUGCUAUCCUGCAUUCUCUCAAGUUUAACAGAGAGAGAAUCACAUACUGCCACCUGCCCUUCCAGAGCAAAUGGCUAUACAUCGGCACAGAAAGAGGAAACAUCCACAUUGUCAACGUGGAGUCCUUCACUCUCUCAGGCUACGUUAUUAUGUGGAACAAAGCCAUCGAACUAUCCACCAAGACGCACCCAGGGCCUGUUGUGCACAUCAGUGACAACCCCAUGGAUGAGGGCAAGCUUCUGAUUGGAUUUGAGUGUGGGGUAGUUGUGUUGUGGGAUUUGAAGUGCAAAAAGGCUGACUACCGCUACAAUUACGACGAGGCAAUCCACUCAGUUGCCUGGCACCAUGAGGGGAAGCAGUUUGUUUGUAGCCACUCUGAUGGCACUUUGACCACGUGGAAUGUACGAGCUCCAGCCAAGCCUGCACAGAUCAUCACACCACAUGGAAAGCAGCCUAAGGAUGGAAAAAAGCCAGAGCCAUGCAAGCCUAUCCUGAAAGUAGAGUACAAAACUACAAGGGCUGGGGAUCCUUUCAUGGUCCUGUCUGGAGGUCUGUCUUAUGACACGGUGGGGAGGAGAGCCUGUCUGACUGUGAUGCAUGGAAAAAGCACUGCCGUCCUGGAGAUGGACUACCCCAUUGUAGAUUUUCUAACGCUCUGCGAAACUCCAUAUCCGAACGACUUUCAGGAGCCUUAUGCAGUGGUGGUCCUCCUCGAGAAGGAUUUAGUUGUAAUAGACCUGGGACAGAUUGGAUACCCGAUAUUUGAGAAUCCAUAUCCCCUGGCUAUCCAUGAGUCCCCAGUGACCUGCUGUGAGUAUUUUGCUGACUGCCCUGCUGAACUUAUUCCUGCACUUUACUCUGUCGGCAGCCGGCAAAAGAGACAAGGUUACAGCAAGAAGGAAUGGCCCAUUAGUGGUGGAAACUGGGGCCAGGGCACACAGAGUUACCCAGAGAUUAUAAUCACAGGACAUGCUGAUGGGUCCAUAAAAUUUUGGGAUGCUUCUGCAUUAAUGCUUCAAGUGCUGUAUAAGCUGAAGACUGCCAAGGUGUUUGAAAGGGCCCGUACUAAAGAGGAGAAACCAAAUACAGACAUAGUAGAUGAAGACCCGUUUGCCAUCCAAACCUUGUCCUGGUGUCCGGAGAGCAGGAUGCUCUGUGUGGCUGGUGUGUCUGCUCAUGUUAUCGUCUAUAGGUUCAGCAAACAAGAGAUCACGACUGAAGUUGUUCAGCUGCUGGAAGUGCGGAUGCAGUGCGAGUUUAGUGAUGUAGAUUCUCCUGAUCCAGGAGGAGAGCAGACCCCCACUGUGCCAAACCCCGGAGCUUCCUCCAGCCCACAGGAGAGUGAGCCUCCCACUCAGCCCGCUACAGGCAAUAACUCCUCUGAAGGACCCCGAGACAAUAUUCCAUGCCUACAGCUGCGGAGCUCCCCGCUCAAGCAGUUUCCGGGCUACCAGGUGGAGCUGGUGAUCCAGCUGGUGUGGGUGAGUGGGGAGCCGCCUCAGCAGAUCACCAGUCUGGCAGUCAAUUCUUCCUAUGGCCUUGUGGUGUUUGGGAACAGUAACGGCCUGGCUGUGGUGGACUACCUCCAGAAAACUUUACUGCUCAACAUGGGGACAUCGGAGCUCUACAGCCCCUCUGACCCCUUCCAGAGGCAGCCUCGCUCUCCUCGUAAAGCACGACAGUCCUGCGGAGCACUUUGUGAUUCCAACGAUGGGUCAAACGCCUCAGAGGACCGCUGCAAAUCACCUACUUCAGGAUCUGCCUCACCAUGCAAUUCAGAUGAUGAAAGAAAGCAGAAGUUCAUAGAGAAGGUGAAGUUUAAAAGCAGACGCUUUUCCAAGACGGUUGCCAAUGACUUUGCCAAGAUGUCACGGAAAAUUAGCUCGUCUAGCGAUCAAAAGCCAGAUCUGGAAAAUAGGUCCCAACGGUGGUGCCCUCUGACAUGUAAUAGACGCUUUUAUAGUGUGAAAGCUGACAAGAAGGCAGCCAGGAUGAAUCUGAAAUGGGGCGUCUAUAGAACUCGGUCAGACCCCAAACCCAAUGCCAAGGAUAACUCAUUCACCCGCUCACGUAGUUCAAGUGUAACCAGCAUAGACAGAGAAUCUCGAGAAGCCAUCUCCUCCUUUUACUUCUGCGAGAGUUUCCCCAGGAAGUCCGACAGUCUGGUCAGCCCCUGCCUGUUAGUGGGGACCACGCAUGGCUCCGUGAUGAUGGUGGCUCUUAGCCUGCCACCUGGUGGGGACCAGAGGCUGCAGCAGCCAGUCGGCAUUGCCUCUUGUGGCACCCUGGUCAGACUCAAAGGUGGCAUGUUGACCAUGGGCCUGCUUGACGCUGCUGGAACUUUGCUGCCCCCUUCCUACGAACCGUGGUAUGACCCUAACACCUCAGAUGAAGAAAAAGAGAAAAGCCGGAGGCGCAGGCCAGCCACCCCUCCCUCAUCACAAGAGGGCCAGGACAGUCAGUUUGCUGUGCUGUGUUCGGAGAAACAGGCCAAGGUGGUGGCCAUGCCCUCCCAAACCCACCUCUACAAACACAACAUCACAGAGACUUCGUUUGUGCUGAGGGCUGAUGUGGUGCAGAUGGCUGGGGCUAAUUGCAUCGCCUGCUUCUGCGCUAAUGGGCACAUCAUGACUCUGAGUUUGCCCAGCCUACGGCCCCUGCUGGACAUCAACUACUUGCCGCUCACAGACAUGCGGAUAGCACGGACGUUUUGCUUCUCUAACUUGGGUCAGGCUCUGUACCUCACCUCCCCCACUGAGAUCCAGAGGAUCACCUACAGCCAGGAGACCUGUGACAACCUGCAGGAGAUGCUCAGUGAGUUAUUUACCCCUGUGGAGACUCCAGAGGCUCCAAACAGAGGAUUUUUCAAAGGUCUUUUUGGGGGAGGAGCUCAGUCUUUGGACAGGGAGGACCUCUUUGGUGAAACAGCUGCCGGUAAGGCCUCUCGCAGUCUGGCCCAGCACAUUCCCGGCCCGGGCAGCAUGGAGGGCAUGAAGGGUGCAGCAUCUGGGGUCGUGGGAGAGCUUGCCCGUGCCAGAAUAGCUCUGGAUGAGAGAGGGCAGAAACUGGGCGAACUGGAGGAGAGAACGGCAGCCAUGAUGUCCAGCGCAGAGUCCUUCUCCAAACACGCCCAUGACAUGAUGGUGAAGUACAAAGAUAAGAAGUGGUAUCAGCUCUGAUGGCAGCGUGUGGACCUUUGGACUCUUGUCACGCACACCAGUAUCUCUGAGGAGCUGGAGGUCCCUCUUCUUCUCUUCUCUGUUUCUUUCCAUAUGGUGUUGGGGUUCUACUCAGAUGAACCACGCCCUUUCUCUCACCACGAUAUCUUCACUCUGCAUCUCCUCAGUCACCGAAGGGCUGCUGCAGAGUUGACCAACAUGGCGCACUGAGAACGGAAAGAAGUGGUGGAAGGGAGGCUCUUUGGCAUCUCUGUCUCUGUUUCACCUAGGAGCGACUGAUUAUGUUCAGUUAACAUCGGUUUGCCAACACAGAGAGACUGGACCUUUGACAUCCCAUCAUGCACUCGUAUAUGUCUCAUAUAAAUAAAUAUAAAUAUAUAUAUCUAAAUACAUAUAUAUCCACACACUUCGCUGUUUUGUUCAGAAAGGUGAAGGACAAUUGUGCAAAUAAUGUACUAAGGGUGGCCUGGCUGCACUUGUUUAUUUUCCUUGCUCUGCCCUUUAUAGUGUCAGCCAAACACAAUGGGCUUAAAUGAGGAGAAAAGUCUGAUCCUUCAAAGUUAAUCAAGUCUAUGAACAUUUAAGGUUCUAUAGGAAUGAUUGAAUCAGUGGAGGACUUGUUUUUUUAUUAUUAUUUUCUUUUGGUCUGAAUUAUUUUUAGUUUGUUCUUGCCCUUUGGCAGUUUGUUUUAGCUGUUUUUUCCUCCAGAGAGGGCCUUUCAAGCACUUAGAACAGUAAAAAAAAAAAAUGGACAGGGAAAUGAGGAAUCUAUUGCCUCUCACCGAAUAAGGGCUGGUAGUUCACUAGUUCAUCACCGAUCAUACCUUUUUAAAGCAACCAAGUUCUCUUGGGUGAGAAAUGGCGUGUUAUUUGAGUCACUUGGUUGUGCUUUUAGAUUAAAUAUUUAUUGGAACAGUAAAAUGCGAAGGAGGGAGAGGGAGUUUGUCUUUUGGGCAUUAUUUUGUUUCAUUUGUCAAUGUGCGAAAAAAAAGUGCUGAAAAUGUUUACCCCUAGGAAGAGUUUACAUUGACCUAUCAGACCAAGUUGAUACACUGAAACACCCCUGACGGUCACUGGCUUUUCAUGUGGGGAGGGUUAGGGUUGGGAUUGACAGUAAAAGAUUGUCCUUUAAUAUAAUUUGCAAAAGUGUAUAUUUUGGUUACAGCUUCAAGUUUUCUGUGACAAAAAUCUGUCUAUAAAUGAUCACUUGGAUGUCUUUUUUUGACAUUCUGUCGUAGCUGAAAUUGAUUUAUUUAAUUUUUUUGUCUUGUUUUUCAUUGCGUAGGGAAAAAAGCAUGAGUCUCUUACAGCACAAUGGACGUGAGAAUGCUGUGUUUGUAUUUGUAGCUGCCAGUAGAAGUGACCGAGCACAACAAAGUGUUCACGCGGUGCCACAGAUCAUCUCUCUUUGAACCAUCAACUUAAAAACUGUUUCUCUUCUGCCUUUGCCUCAUAUAUGCUAACCUCUACCUAUGUGUAUAUCUGUGUGUUUGUGAACAUACAUAUAUUCAGGAUAUGUGUAUGGGCGCCACUGUUUAUAAUACUGCAUAGAUACAGUCUAUUACAUAAAGUCUUUGUUUUUUGCUUGGCUGUUUUUCUGUGAUUAACUCAAAUUCUAUUGUCAUUGAUUUUUUUUUCUCCAUGAGGUGCAAUGAUAUGCUGCUAUUUGUGUCAAUAUAGGAGCAUAAUCUGUCCUUUUUUUCCUUCUAUUUUUUAAAGAGAGACAAGACUUCGUCAGUCCAGAUUGCUGCCAAAUGUUGUAAAUAGUGGGACAGCUGGAUACAAAUCUGACAGUGCAGGUUAAGGCAAUGUGACAUAAUGUACGCUUGCAGCCAUGUUCUUUUCUGACACCAAAGAGUUGCUUGAUUUCACAGAGUUGUCUUUAAUUUUUUCCCCCCCCGUAAAUGGUAAGAAUCAGGAAAGGAUGUCUGUUGUGUGUGAGGAGAAAAAAAAUAGUUGGGUUUUGCCUUUAUUCCUGCUGCAAACUGCUGUUUAUGUGUUCAGAAAAACAAGUGACGUGAAUUUGAAGAGUUUCACUCCAACGUGAUUUAUCCACCAAAGAAAACCAAGCAACUUGACAAGAAAUGGAAAUUGAUCAAAGGUCUGAAGAAAGAUAGUACAUGAAUUUUUGAUCAUUUUCUUUUACUUUAAAUUAUAAAUAUAUACUGAAGAGGUGUUGGGUCAAUCACCAAAAUGUCUUAUCUGAGAUGGAUACACAGCUUUUUGGAAUGAAACUCUUCACUUUUAGACAGUUGAUUUUAAUCUGUACUACUGAGAGAAACCCAUUUGGAAAAGCUAUUAUGUGGUUUUUGCACUAUUUUUUGUACUUAAAAUAAUUUUGUUAGUAUGAUUUUUUUAGUGCAUCUAUUCCUGUGUCCCAUUUUCUUAUUUUUCCAAGGACCAAAACAUUAUAUAACCUAUGCUUAUUUAUGUCAUAUGCCAAUUAUGCUGAUUGCUUCACUCUCAGAUUUGUUUUCAGUGUCAAUUUAAUUAUACUAGAAAAUAUUUAUAUAUUUGAAAACAAAUAUAUAUAUAUAUAUAUAUAUAUAUAUAUGUAUAUGUAUAUAUAUAUAUAUAUAUAUAUAUAUAUAAAUACAUAUAUUACUUUUAAUUUCAAUAAUAUAUUAAAGAUGAAUACCUUUUAUGUAAUUUUAAGAUGGAAUAACUCACAUGUCCAAACAAUGGUUGUGCAUAACUAUCUGUCAUUCAGACAUGAAAUAAACAUUUUCUGCUAUAUAUAUUUAACAUGCUCAUCAGAUUAAUGCUUUGCUACUGCAGGAGGAUCUUCUCCUAAUGGUGGGCCGCUGAGUCUUUCUACAAAGUGUGGCCUCAACUUUGAAGUGCUUCAGUUUGCAACUUAUAUGUCCUAAAUGGUCUCUUAUUGCACAUUGAAGGAUGCAUGAUAUUACGUGUUUACAAACUUGAAACAACCAUGUAUUAUCCCUUUUAGAGAUUGUCUGUCCUGGCGUUUGUAUGAACCACCAUGUUGAACAAAACUGAAGUUCUCAUCACUCACCAGAAGUGUGUCCCAUUUUCAUUUGGUCAUGCCAGUUGUAUGUGUGAGAGGUUAUUUUUGGGGUACAUCUGUUGACGUUACCGUUUGGCUUCAUGAAAACUCUUGCUUUCCCCCCUGUGCUGUAGAAAUGUAAUGAAACUGAAGCUAAGCUCACAUCAUUGUGCAGAGGAGCUCAAGGGUUUCUCAGUCGCCAUACUUCUGUCCAUCUGUCUUCAUCUGGGAUGAACAUCUGUGGAGUUGCAGUAUUUUCUCAUUGUAGGCAAUUUUUGUACAGUUUUAUUAAAAUAAAUUUCACAUGGAUGUCUGAGUUAAUCUGCUGCCACAAACAAUUUAGACUGUAGAUACAGUAUAUAUAUAGAUAUUAUUGUGCAAUGGAAAUAAAUGUAAAACCAA